UCGAAGGUAGCGUUUGUUUUGUGUGAGAGAGAAAGAAAGCGAAAGGAAAGAGAAAAACACAUGAUGGCUGCUCUAAGGGCCCGUGCUAUAUCUCUAUUUCAAGGGAUUCUAUGCAAUUCUAAAUCAAAUUCUAGUGCUCUUGAUGUUCGGUUUCAAGUUUGUGUGACACAAGUGAGGAGCCACAAAAUCAUUCAAAUACCCAGAUUUCGUCAUCCUUACUGGCACGUUCGGAAAGAUCGUUCUCAUUAUUCUGAAAAUCUUACUGCAGAAAACAAAGAAUUCAUACAAGAGACUAUUGCUAAAGAAUUUGGUCCACCAACUGUUGUCAGUGGUGUUCAGACUUACGGCUCUCCUGUUAAAAAUGUCACAAAAGUUGAGCCCGUAGAGUGGUUCCCUGGAAUUAGAAGAACCUCAACAAUAGCAAGGAAGAUUGGUAUUCAGCCUAUGUGGCUCAAAGAUGGAACUCGUGUCAUGUGUACUCUAUUACAAAUUGUAGAUAACCAUGUUGUAAAGUAUAACCCACCUGAGAAUGUUAUUCCAUUAAGAAGACGUGAAAAAGUUGUUCCCAAAAAGGCUCUGGGUAGAUAUGGUGCUUUGGUUGUCGGAGCGGAGAGUGCAGAUCCCCAGGAGUUCACCAAAAACUAUUGUGGAUUGUUCCGGGAAUCGGGACUUCCACCUAAACGCAGGCUGGCAAGGUUUUUAAUAUCUCCUCAAGCAGUUCUUCCUCCUGGUACUCCUCUCAAUGCUAUGCAUUACCGAGCUGGAGAUUAUGUUGAUGUAACAGGGUUUACGAUAAUGAGAGGGUUUCAAGGAGUCAUGAAAAGAUGGGGCUUCAAAGGCAUGCGAGCUACUCAUGGUGUUACAAAGACUCAUCGACGUCCUGGUAAUAUUGGUGCAGGUGGAGGUAAAGCACGUGUUUGGCCAGGGAAAAAGAUGCCUGGGCACAUGGGAGGAAAGACACGAACACUACGAGGCUUGAAGAUUUUGAGAAUUAAUACUGAAUACAAUGUUCUUUAUGUUAUUGGACAAAAUGUUCCUGGACAAAUUAACUCCUAUACCUACAUUCAUGAUUGUUUAUUGCAACACAGGUGGGUUAGAGAGGCAAAAGAUGCACGUCCACUGCCAACCUACAUACCUAAAGAAGGAGAGACGCACCCAGAGGACAUUUAUGCAGCUGAUGUCCAUCCAUUUGAUGGAUCUUCCAUAAUGUAUGAAGUAGUUGACACUCCUACUGUGAGAACUGGUGCUAAGAUUGCCAAAGCUAAAGGAGGAAAGAAAUGAGAAUAAUACUGCAAUACCUUCACAAUAAUCGUUUUCACUACUUCUGAAAAAUAAUCAUGCCAGAAUGUUGUAAAAUAUUUUGUACAUUAGAGUAUUAAAAUUUGUUAAACUUGACA